AUGCAGACUACCGACAGAGACAUAGCAGAGCAAGCUACAACCUCGAGCUCGUCGUUGCUGUCCAGUAGAGGUCAGAAGAACUCCAAAUUCCUUUCUGGACCCAUCAAGAAAGUUGCCGCUGUCUUCCGUGAUCAGUAUGACUCAGAACUCAACCCAAACGGCAUCGUUGUUCUCGGGGUCGCCGACAACGCUUUGAUGCGAGGCGAGCUUCUCAAGUUCUUUAACACCGACCGCUUGCAUUUGACCGGUCCUGAGUUGACGUAUGGGGAUCGCUUCUUCACAUCAACCCGCCUGAUCACUGCUCUCUGCAAAUUGUUCAAUGACACCCCUGUAGGGCUCGACAAGGAAAAGCCGAAGCUGAUCAAGAAGGUCACGGCGGAUGAUAUUGUAGUUGGCAGCGGCGCGACGGGAAUCUUGGAUGCGCUCUUCACGAUGCUCUGCAAUCCUGGAGAAGGGGUCCUACUGAGCGUGCCAUACUACAAUGGCUUCGACCAUGACCUGACAGCACGUGCGGAAGCCAAGAUCGUCGAGGUGUAUACACCUUUGCCCGAGGUAGCAGAUCCCAGUAAGCCCAAAGAACCAGCACAGCCUAGCCCUUCUUUCACCGUCGACACUGUCAAGGCCUACCAGACCUCUCUAGACAAGGCCAGAGAGGAUGGAACCACAGUCAAGGCUCUGUUGAUCUGUAACCCACAUAAUCCCACAGGACUCGUGUAUCCUCGCGAGACUAUAGUAGCUCUGGCCAAGUUUGCCGCAAAGGAGAAGCUGCACCUUGUCGUAGACGAGAUCUACGCCCGCUCUGUCUUCCACUCUGCAGACAUUUCAGAUUCCUCUGCCACCAGGUUUGAAACAAUCCUGAGCAUCGAUGUAGAGAAGGAAGCGGGACUUCCCCGUGGUCAGGUCCAUGUCGUCACCUCGGCAAGCAAGGACUUUGGCAUUAAUGGUUUCCGGCUGGGAGUCUACGUCAACCAGGGCAGCGAGGAGAUCAUCUCUGCCAUGACGAGCGUGGGCAUCUUGAGUCAGUCUUCCGCCCCUGCGGGAGCACUCUGGUACUCUUGGCUGGAAGACCAGGACUUCUUGUCCUGGUACUUCGCAGAGAAUCACCGCAGGAUGCAAGGCGCUUAUGAGUACGUGACGAAGUGGUGCAGAGCACACAAGAUUCCGUACGUGCCUAGCAACUCGGGUCAUUUCUUGUUGCUAGACUUCCAACAAUUCCUCAAGCUCAAAGAUGGUGCAAGCGAGGAGAAGAAGCGAGAGGCAGAGGGUGAGCUGCUCGGCCGACUGAUGGACAAGGGAGUAUUCAUCGCGCCUGGCGCUUCAUACCAUCAUCCCAUCCCAGGUUGGUUCCGACUGACCUUCUCCUUGAGCCCCGUCGCCGUGAAAGAGGGUCUGUCUCGAGCAGAGAAAGUCUUGGGCCUAAAGAGCUACAUCUCGACAAUCCCCAUGCCGAAUUUCGAAGAGAGCAUGAUCCAGCUGCCGGAACGACUUGCUCAGAUGCAGCUAUGA